GCCACUGCCGCUGUUGUAACAGCUGCUCCCUCCAGUGCCUCCUCAGACCCUUCUGUCUGUGCCUCCUCUACCACUCCUGGUCCUGAUCCUCUCAGCAAUAUGUCAGCGGAGGAUGUGUUGGCUGCCCCUGGCCCUGACCUACCCUGGCUGCCAGUGAAGAUGAGGAUGACCAUCCCCCUCCAGGACCAGAGAUGGAUCUCUGCAGCUCUGUGGAGAAACCAGCGGCUACGGACCGACCUGAAGCUGUGGUACGAGCCACCCGGGCCAGCGCUCAUCUACCAUCAGGCCCCCACUCCAGAGCGCUUUUUUAAUCAUCGCCUGCUUGUGUGGAUGCCGUACCACUUGUGGAAGGUCAGGCUAACCUGUCCUGUGUGUGGGAAGCAGCUGGUGGGAUACGGUGCCCACAAGAGAGCCCGUCAGGUCCUUGACGUGGACAGGUACUACCUGAUGGUCACAGAGACCCUCAGGUGCAACAGCAUUGGUUGCAAAACCAACUACCUGUCCAGCAGCAAGACCAUCCUGGACCAGCUUGACCUGGCUCACCGGCUCGAAUUCAGGCUCAUCCUGACUCAGAAAUAUGCUUGUGACAUUCGGGUCAUCCGCUUCCUGCGGGAGAGGACCCUGGGCAACAGCCCGUCUCGCUUGGUGAAGCAGCUGAGGGAGAACCACAGCGAGGAGUGGCUGCAGCGCCUCUGCCAGUACCUCGGGGCAUGCUCUGACUUUGUGGGCCGGCCCAGCCUGUUCCCUGUGGUGUUUCAGGACCCGCCUGAGCCUGUGGCCAUUCCCACCUAUAAGUGGAUGCUGGCGGUCUACGGGCGGGACAUCUUAAGCAGGCUGGAGCACAUCAAAGCCAGCAUUACAUCUACCUUUGGCUCCAUCCUGAAGAUGGACUCCACAAAGAAGAUCACCAGGAAGUUAUCGGGCAUUGCCAAGGGGACUGCCCUCUGGCUUUCCUCAGUUAGUAACGAGGUGGGUCAGAUCUUGAUCAGUGUCCUGACUGCUCAGGAAGGCUCUGGGCUGGACCUGAUGGUGGCUGAUCUCAUCCGGAGGUACAGGGAAGCAGGUGUGGCUCCUCCAAAGCUCCUGUAUGUGGACUGUGGAUGCUGCAAGAAGGAUGGGGAGGAGACCAAGCUUAAGGCACGAUUUGGUGGCUGGCCAGACGUUGUGGUCAAGCUGGACAUUUAUCAUUUCAUGCGGCGGCUGGCAUCAGGAUGCACCAAGGAUGCCCAUCCCCUUUACCCCAUCUUCAUGGCUCGUCUGUCCUGCUGCAUAUUUGAGUGGGAUGCAGGUGACGUUGCCUUGCUGCGCCGGGUCAAGAGGGAGCAGCUGAAACGGGAGGGGGUUCCUGGCAUCACUGAUAGCCUUGUGAACCAGAACAUUAGGAAGAGUGAGUUGGUGCUCUACUGCAGAAGGAGGACAAGAGGAGAGAAGGAGACCAUCUCAAUGAUUGACCUCCUUUUGCAAGAGCUUAUGGGGGAGAAGGGCAGUGACUUCCUUGGUGUGCCACUCCUGGACAGGGAUAGGAUGGCGAACAUCUGGGAACAGCAGAGGAAGCAUGUAAAAUGCAUCCAGGAUGAGCCAGGUGUUCCUCUCUACACAGAGACAGGAUCAUCCACCAAGGAGGGCAUCGUCCUCACCACCUACAGGUGUGCCAGGGGCUCAACAUCACUGGAGUCCUUCCACUGCCACCUGGCCAGGUUCAUUCCAGGAACCAGUGCCAACAGUUUGAAUUUUCAGCUGUACCUCCUGGAAGGCCUGAACAGGUGGAACCAGGACCGUGGUGCUGCGGCACUGGCUGUCAAACCUCCCUCACUCCUCACCUACUCAGGGGACCUUGUGCACUGUGUCAACACCUUCAGUGUCAAGGUGCUUGGAAGGAAACUUGCCCCCUCCUUCCAACCCCCUGCAGUGUAUACUGGAGAGCUGAUAGGUAUUGACUACCUGUACCGCCAGACAGGAAGGGCAAUGCAGAAUGUUGACCCUGAAACAGAGGAGACGGAGCAACUGUUGGAGGAUGUGGCUGUUGAGGAGCCAGAGGAUGAGGGUUUUGAUGAUGGCGGACAUGACCCCACAUUUGACAUUAUUCUGCCUCAGCCAGUCUGCAUGCCCUCUGGCCACCCAGCUCCCACCACCAGCAUGACCUCUGGCUACCCAGCUCCCACCACCAGCAUGACCUCUGGCUACCCAGCUCCCACCACCAGCAUGACCUCUGGCCACCCAGCUCCCACCACCAGCAUGACCUCUGGCCACCCAGCUCCCACCACCAGCAUGACCUCUGGCCACCCAGCUCCCACCACCAGCAUUACCUCUGCCCCUCCUCUAACCACCAGCAUGCCCUCUGGCCACCCAGCUCCCACCACCAGCAUGACCUCUGGCUACCCAGCUCCCACCACCAGCAUGACCUCUGGCUACCCAGCUCCCACCACCAGCAUGACCUCUGGCCACCCAGCUCCCACCACCAGCAUGACCUCUGGCCACCCAGCUCCCACCACCAGCAUGACCUCUGGCCACCCAGCUCCCACCACCAGCAUGACCUCUGGCCACCCAGCUCCAACCACCACCAUGCCCUCUGCCCCUCCUGCCCCCAUCACCAGCAUGCACUCUAGCCCCACAGAUCCCACCACCACCAUGCCCUCUGCCCCCCCAGCUCCCACUGUAUCUGAGCAACUGUUGGCUGUUGAUGAGCAUAACAUGCCAGGGAUGGACAGGGUGGACAGCCUGGCAGAGUACCUGGUUGGGCUGAGAAAUGAGACGUCUCUCACUCUCAGCAACCAGCAGACCAGCACCAUUUUGUCACUGUGGCAAAAUCUUCUGCCAUUUGACCAGCAGCGGGUGGUCUAUGCAGCCAGGUACCAGGAGAGGCUGAAGACGGGGUACUUCAGGUCACCAAAAAAUAAAUUGGAAUUCACCCCCGGUGCGGAGAGCAUGAGGCGCUGCGUCCUGGGGUCAAGUGGAUCACCGGCACAGUGGCCCGACUGUUGUCGGCUUGUGGAGGCCAUCUUUGUCAGGCUCUGUCAGCUCCACAAGAGCCCAAAGAAAAAGGGAAAGGGCAGCCUGACAAGAUGGUCUCUCAUGCUGAAGGACUAUCGGAAGGUUAGGCAGCUGGUGAGGGACAAUGGAGCUCUAAUGAAGGACACCACUCUCCAGCUGUAUGAGGUCAACCAGACCACCCUCACACAGUGGCACAAUCAUAGAGUGAAGAGGCAGGAUUUGGCAGUCCUUCUGCAGGGGGUCAACCUGCCUGCCCCUCUUCCUGUAGCCCCUGUGCCUCUGCCACCAGCUCUAGGGCGCCCCACCUUUGUCCCUCAGCAGUGUGGACCUCAGCAUGUCUACAGCCUGCCCAAAUCCACUGCAGGACAGGCACUUUUAAAAAGGAAGCAUGCUGCGCCACACACUGCUGCUCCAGCCACUGUCCGGCCAAAGGUGCCCAUUCAGAGGCAGUUAUUUCCCCUGCCUGCACCUCUGCCUACAGCUGCUCCUGCCCUUGUAAACCCUACCCCUGCCCAAAGCCCCUUGUUGUUAAUGUUGGCUGUCCCCUCUCCCAGGCCUAUCGCCCCUGAUGGACCUCUUCCCCCUCCACCCCCUUCCCAGAGGCCCUACAAUCGUCAGGUGGAACAUAAUAAGUGCCGCAAAUGCCAUCAGCCCCGGAACAAAGACAGUGGCCACAGGCAAUUUCAUGGAUACAUUUAUUGCCCCACUUUCGCAGGGAUGCCACUGGAGCAGUGGCUGGAAGAAAUGAGGAGGAAAAGGGCCGAGAAUAAAUGA